AAAAAAACAAAUAAAAAAACCGUAAAAUUCGAUUCACGAAUCUUGUGACUCAUCAUCACCUCACCACCAUCCAAUCACUUUCACUACCAUUUUCCACUGCAAACAAUGCUGUGUUUGAAACCGCACCUCUCUUUUCCAUUUCGCAUCUCUUCAUCACCAUCAACCUCUCCAAAACACCUCACGCGCCACCUCCGUUCCUCGCCGUUCAGAUCCACGGUCAAGAUGAUGUCAACCAAAUCCAAAGCCAUUGAACACAUCGUCCUCUUCAAAGUCAAAGAAAACACCGAACCCUCCAAAGUAGCCUCCAUGGUUAACGGACUCAGUUCCCUCGUUUCGCUAGAUCAAGUCCUUCAUCUUACCGCAGGCCCUAUCCUGCGCAAUCGCUCCACCUCGUUAACGUUCACGCACAUGCUUCACAGUCGGUACAAGUCCAAAGAGGAUCUCGAAACCUACUCCGCGCACCCGAGCCAUCUUGGCGUCGUCCGGGGAAGCGUUCUCCCGAUCGUUGAUGAUAUCAUGGCGGUGGAUUGGGUUGCCGACGAUGUUAACGGUGCUGAUUCGGUUCUGGCGCCGGGUUCCGCGAUUCGUGUGACGUUUUUGAAAUUGAAGGAGGAUGCUGUUAGCGAUGAGGUUGUGGAGGUUAUUAGAGGAAUUCCGGAGAGUUUUAAACAGAUUAAGGAACUGACUUGUGGAGAGAAUUUCUCGCCGGCGAGAGCUAAGGGCUAUUCGGUUGCUUCACUUGCUGUGUUUCCGGGGGAGAAGGAGUUGGAGGAAGUUGAUUCGAAUAAGGAGCUGGUGGAGUAUCAGAAGGAUAAAGUUAGGGAUCGUGUGGAGAGUGUGGUGGUGGUUGAUUAUGUGGUGCCGCCGCCGCCUCCGCCGCAAUCUGCAAGUCUUUGAUUUGAUUGAUGAUGAAGGUUAUUUCUGUUCAAUUGGUGUUUUUGAAAUUUGAGUUAAAUUAUUAUGGGAUUUAAUAAAAUGCAAUGUAGAACAAUUGAUACUUUCACUUCAGUGUAUUGUUUUGUAGUCUUGUUCUCUCAAUUGUAAUGUUUGGUUAUUACAUUA